CAAACGUGCUGUAAAAAGCCAAAAAAGAGCCGGAAUAUCUUCUUUCACCCCAAAAAAAAGGGCUCUUUAAAUGAAAAAUGGCGGGCCGGCCACAGCACACGCAUGACGGUGGAAUCGUUGAACGCCGGUUGCGUCCUAUUUACGAUUGGUUGGACAAUGGGAAUAACAAGAAGGCCCUCCAGGAGGCGGAGAAGGUGCUUAAGAAGAGUCCUUCACUGCAAGCGGCGCGGGCUCUGAAGGCCCUGUCGCUUUUUAGGUUAGGAAAAUCGCCGGAGGCUCACUCGGUGCUGGAAGCCCUGGCGGAAGAGAAGCCGAGCGAUGACACCACGCUGCAGGCCAUGACCAUAUGCUACAGGGAGUGCCAGCAAUUGCACAAAGUGUGCUCACUGUAUGAAGCCGCAGUGAAAGUGGAUUCGACCAGCGAGGAGCUCCACUCGCACCUGUUCAUGUCUUAUGUCCGCGUCGGAGACUACCGCGCACAGCAGCGGGCCGCUAUGACAUUGUACAAGUUUGCGCCUAAGAACCCGUAUUACUUCUGGGCUGUCAUGAGCAUUGUUCUCCAGGCUAAAGAAUCGGAGGACGCCUCCAAACGCGGUAUCCUCCUCGCGUUGGCCCAACGCAUGGUCGACAACUUCAUCACCGAAAACAAGAUGGAGGCGGAACAGGAAGCCCGCCUCUACAUCAUGAUCCUAGAAUUGCAGGAAAAGUGGGAGGACAUCAUGAAGUUUAUAGAGAGUCCGUUGUAUGAUAAGCUGUUGCCGGGGGCUAUUCAAGAAGCGGUCAUACCAUAUUUGAAGAAGCUUAAGCGAUGGAAACCGCUGAAUCUUCUGUGCAGGGAGAUGUUGUAUGACAAUCCCGAUAGAUGGGAUUACUACCUCCCAUACUUCGAAUCGGUGUUCCACCUGAUGAAAGAAACAGAGAAGACCGAGCGAUGCGACGACACAGCAGAAAAGUGCCACGAGUUCAUCUGUCAGUUGGUAGAGGGCAUGGGAUCCGGCAGGCUGUUACGCGGGCCUUAUUUGGCAAGACUGGAACUAUGGAAGCGACUAGCGGUCGAUGGGAACCCUACUGAACUUCUAGGUAGCGGCGUAGCACUCUGCGUGCAGUACUUGCGAGUGUUCGCGAACAAGCCGUGCGCGGUGCCAGACUUGCGGCCGUAUCUAGAAAUGAUCCCGCAAAGCGAGCGCGAGCAGCACUGUCGGGACUUCCUGACAUGUCUAGGCUUUGACGAGGACAGUGAGCCUACUACGCCCGACGACAUCCAACGUCAUAUAUCUUGCCUGUCGCUUUGGCGUCUGACGGCAGCCCCCCUCCCAGCAGAGGAGUGUCUAUCGCUAGCCUCUCGGUUACGGUCACAUUACCUUAGAGCCAGCUCCGAUGGGUACGCAAUACUGGCCGCGCACCACUACAUAUAUGCCGCGAUCGAGUUACAGAGCUCAGAGCCCGUGGUGGAAGCUCUAUGUCUUCUAGAGUUGGUGCUGCACCGCUCCCCGGCUAACUUCCACGUCAAGCUACUGCUUAUCACCCUCUACCAUCUAUUGGGCAAUGCCUUAGCAGCGGACAGCAUCUACCAACGUCUAGAAGUGAAGCAUAUCCAACUAAUAUCACUAGGAUGGUUACAUUGCGCUCGACUGAGUGGAGCUGUGGCUUGUGCGAGAGCGUUACAGUUGCUAGCUGAUACUAGGGCGUUCCGCGAUCACCAACAUAAAGACAGCGUAGAACACUUGACGUACGCGUACAAGUACGGAACGUUCGAGAAGCUGGUGGAGCUGGGGCGGUGGAACGCGCUGCUGCGGCGCUGCGCGUGGGGCGCGCGCGGCGGCCGCGAGCGCGCGCUGCUGGCGCUGCUGGCCGGCCCGCCCGCGCCGCUGCACGCGCCCGCGCCGCUGCCCGCCGAGCCACAUGAUAACCGGGACCUUAGCAUCAUAGUCACCUACGACCCGCCACAAUGCCAAGACCCCGAACUGAAAGCCAAGAGUUUUGAGGAAGAACUGGCUUACCUGAGGCUUAAAGACGGACUGGUGUCUUCCAUAGCCCUGUGCAUAGAGUUGGCUGACGGUAGACCGGUUGAUGAAAAAAAGGUUCACUACGAAGAAUUAACGGCGUGUGUGGGUGCCUUCAGCGAAGCGAUGGCGAAAUGUCGAGACCUGUACGGGACUAGGCGACGGUGGCGGGUCUCCGAACCCUUCCCUAGCAGAAUUAUCGCAUUGGUGUCAUCACCCGUGCCAUACCGGGAGCUAUACUCCUGUGCGCUCACGCUCGUAGGCGAGCUGGCAACGUCGCACACGGCGCGCGCGCACGCAUUAGCUGAAGAAGCUUCUAGUCUAAUAAGAGCAGCGAGUGGGCAACUGAGGACCGUGGUGCCGAGAGGUGGAUGGGGCAUGAGAGAAGCUCUGGAACAUCUCAGUGUAUACUUAGAGUUCAUAGGCAUAAUAACCUUCCUCCUCGGCGUCUGCAAUGAACUCUCAACGCCCACCAACACCAAAAAGAACAAAAAAAGAACCAGCCAGUCCCCCGACGAACUCCGGACCUCCGAGCUGCUCUCCACCCUCAACCAAACGGUCCAGGACUCCAUCGCUGACAUCGAGCACAUCAUCGAACACUGGCCACGAUACACCUUCAACUCAACGCUAGAAGAACAUUUAAGUAAACUCUCUUUAGACAAAUACCAGUGCCCGGUGCAAAAUAAACUCAAUAACGGACUGAAAGAUGUUUUGAGCGAUCUGGGGAAUAUUCUUAAGAAGAAAGUCAAGUAUUUGAAGAGUUUGCAGUGAUGUGAUAUGCAUAUCUGAUAUUGAUAGCAAUGUGAUGUGAAGUUUAUGGUGAGGUGUUUAAAACAAGUGAUUCGGGUGAUCGCUGACCUUAAUACUUUUUCCACUAAUAGCGGUAAAAACUGAUCCUAUUAAGGUACAGCGGGGCAAAUCUCGACUAUGGGACAAUUGCAACUGAUCCAUUUUUUCCGUUAUUACACUAUGAUUUUGAGUUCUGCAUAUUUCCACUGAACACGCCUACCAUAUAUAAC